AUGAGCAAGCCGGCAGGAUCAACAAGUCGUAUAUUAGACAUCCCUUGUAAAGUGUGUGGGGACCGCAGCUCCGGCAAGCACUAUGGGGUUUACGCUUGCGAUGGAUGCUCAGGAUUUUUCAAACGGAGCAUCAGGAGGAACAGGACGUACGUCUGCAAAUCUGGAAAUCAGGGAGGUUGCCCCGUGGAUAAGACACACAGGAACCAAUGCAGGGCGUGUCGACUGAAGAAAUGCUUGGAAGUCAACAUGAACAAAGAUGCUGUGCAACACGAAAGAGGCCCAAGGACAUCCACAAUAAGGAAGCAAGUCGCGCUGUAUUUCAGAGGACACAAGGAAGAGAAUGGAGCUACACCUCACUUUCCCUCGGCAGCUUUACCUGCUCCGGCCUUCUUUACGGCUGUCACACAGCUGGAACCCCACAAUCUAGAGCUGGCGGCUGUAUCGACUACCCCCGAGCGGCAGACGUUGGUGGGCCUGGCACAACCAACUCCAAAGUAUCCACAUGAAGUCAAUGGUACACCUAUGUACCUCUAUGAAGUGGCCACUGAAUCUGUUUGUGAAUCUGCUGCCAGGCUUCUCUUUAUGAGCAUCAAAUGGGCCAAGAGCGUUCCAGCCUUUUCCACUCUGUCGUUACAAGAUCAGCUGAUGCUUUUGGAAGAUGCGUGGAGAGAACUGUUUGUUCUAGGAAUAGCACAAUGGGCCAUUCCAGUUGAUGCUAACACUCUACUGGCUGUAUCUGGCAUGAAUGGUGACAAUACAGAUUCUCAGAAGCUGAAUAAAAUUAUUUCAGAAAUACAGGCUUUACAGGAGGUUGUGGCUAGAUUUAGACAGCUUCGGCUAGAUGCUACUGAAUUUGCCUGUCUCAAAUGCAUUGUCACUUUUAAAGCUGUACCUACACACAGUGGUUCUGAACUGAGAAGUUUUCGAAAUGCUGCCGCCAUUGCAGCUCUUCAAGAUGAAGCUCAGCUCACUCUGAACAGUUACAUCCACACCAGGUACCCCACACAACCCUGCCGUUUUGGAAAGCUCUUAUUGCUUUUGCCAGCUUUACGUUCAAUUAGUCCAUCUACAAUAGAAGAAGUGUUUUUCAAAAAGACCAUUGGGAAUGUGCCAAUUACAAGACUGCUUUCAGAUAUGUACAAAUCCAGUGAUAUAUAA